AUGCCCCCUUGGACAAGCACGACUCCCUGGCUCUGGCUCCCAGAGUCGACUCCCGCAUUCACCUCCACACACAGCACAGCGCGCAUCGUCCUCUUUCCAAGAUCAAUACCAGUCCACGUCUCGGCAGACACGCGCUACAUCCUCUUCAUUAAUGGGAAGCGAAUCCUCUUCGGCCCCGCAAAGUCCUACCUCCAUGAAUACAACUACGAGACCAUAGACAUCGCACCUUUCCUGGUCCCUGGACAGAAGAAUGUCCUGGCCGCCAAAGUGCUCCGCUACUCACCUGUCAAGGAGGGGAAUAUGGGUAUGGUGCGGGCCGGGAUUGGGGGGUUUAUCCUGCAUGAGAGCUCGGGUUUGUUGGGGGUAUCGACCACCGAAGACUCGGGCUGGAAAUGUCUACCGGAUGAUUCGGUGCGUAUUCUGUCAAGCAGCGAGUGGAAUCGUGCGCUCGGGCCGGCGUUUAUGCAAAUCAAUGAGGAGGUCGAUGGCAGUCUAGCUGUCGAGGGCUGGCUAGAUGGAGACUUCGACGACUCGGCUUGGUUGGGUGCGGAACGGUCGAGCCUGAAGACGCCUAUGCUGCCGAUCCUGGAGCCGUGGAGGCUUGUACCACGGUCUAUCCCGCUAUUUCCAGAGACAGAGGGGAGGUUUUCUGCUAUCAUCAAGCCAAAUUCUGAACAGCCUGGGCUGGACCUGGCUGGGAGCUGGAGAAGUCUUUUACGGAAUGACGGGAGUGGGAUCGUCGAGAUCCCACCAAACACACGCACAGCAGUGAUCCUUGAGAACGAGUCCCUCAUCACGGCCUUUUUGGAACUAAGAUUCAGAGGGGGCGCUGGCUCUACCGUCACCGUCCGCUGCGCCGAGUGCUUCGAGUACCCACCGCCAGAAGGGAAUCUGAACCCCUUUGCACGGAACAAGGGCGACAGGGCCGAUACUUCAGGAAUCCUUGUUGGGCCAGAGGACUCGUAUACUGUUUCCUCCAGCUCCACGACAGAGCAGGAGUGGAUGUACGAGCCAUUUUGGUUCCGCACAUUCCGCUAUGUCCAACUGACCGUGUCCACGCACUCGCAACCCCUGCAGAUAACCAGGCUGACAUACCGACGCACGCACUACCCACUUCCCAUAAAUACAAGUCUCUCGAACAUGCCUUUAGUCGAAUCCAAGAAGUGGGCCAUUAGCCUAAACACCUUGCUCAACUGCAUGCAGGAAACAUACACCGACUGUCCUUUUUACGAGCAGAACCAGUUCGCGUUCGACAGCCGCCUCCAGAUGCUCUAUUCCUACCAACUCUCAUCUGACGAUCGGCUGGCCAGGAAAACAAUCAAUGAGUUCCAUGCCUCGCGGCGCGGAAGUGAUGGGCUCGUCGAGACGCACUUCCCUACUCCGUUUCCGGGGGUGACCAUUCCGAUCUUCUCGCUGAGUUGGGUGCUCAUGCUGUGGGAUCAUAUCAUGUACACAGUUGACACCGAGGCCAGUAAACGGUUCGUGAAGAGAUACCUUGGUGGGAUCGAUUCGGUGCUGAACUAUUUUGACUCGAGGAUCUCAAAUGCUUACAGCGGGAUGAUCGGGCGGUUUGGAGAUGCAGACUCGCCCAACGACGAGAUCUGGGCCUUUGUCGACUGGACAGCCGAGUGGUCUGUUCUCGGACCUGGAGGGGACUUCAAGCACCUUGCUGUUCCGCCUGCUUAUCGACGGACGGGUGUGGCGAGCUACAACAGUCUCUUCUACGCAUACGUGCUGAAUAAGGCAGCGGAGGUAUGUGAGUUUGUCGGCCGGCUCGGCCUGGCGGAGGAAUAUCGGUCACGAGCAGAGAGCGUCAAUGAAGCUGUGAGACGGCAUUGCCUUCGCACCGACGAGGACGGUAAAGAAAUCCUGGUAGAUGGUCCGGACAGCCCUACUACUGAACGGAGCCAGCACGUCGCCGUGUUCGCCGUUCUUUCUGGCGCCUUCACAGGAUCCCGCGCCAGAGCCCUCCUCUGCCGCGCGCUCCACCCAGAUACAAGGGGAGGUUAUGUAAAGGCCUCGUACGCGCAAUCCUUCUAUCUCCUCGAGGCAGCGGUGCAGGUUGGACUCUACGAUGAGCUGCGUGGGACUCUUGUACAACCGUGGACAGAAAUGGUGGAUCUGAACCUCACGACGUGGGCGGAGUCGUCGGCGAUGCCAAGGAGCGACUGCCAUGGGUGGAGUUGUGUGCCGAUUUAUGAUAUAGUUGCCAAUGUCAUUGGGCUCAGGCCUGCUGCGCCUGGGUACAGGAGGGUGAGGUUUGAACCGAGACUGCAGCUCUGGGAGGGGGGAGGGGAGGGGGUCAUUACUGUUGGAAUCGGUGGAAAUGGGGACAAGAGGGAAGUAAGGGUCGAAUGGGAGAAGGAGGGAAGGGUUCUUUUGACUGUUGGGUCCGAUUGUGAGGUCGAAGUUCCCACCGCCAGUGAUGGGAGUGGAGAAGGCGACGAGAAGACAUACCGGGUGAAGAAGAUGAAAAAAGGGGAGACGUUAAUCCUCACUCUAUAUCGUUGA